CCGGGGCUGGUUCGCAAGUAGCCAGAAGGGCGAGAGAGCAUAGACUCCGGUCUAAUAAGAGGUUGGGCAACCUUUUUUUUUAAUAUUCAGAAUACCAGACUUGUGUGUGUGCGUGUAGCGCUUUGUCCCGCAACACCCCCCCCCAACCCUCUAGCAUAAGCUUAAACAGGUACACACUAUUUUCUUAUUCUCUACUUGAUCACAACACACCAUCCGUGAAAAAAAACACCAAUUGCUUAAAGUAUAUUUGUUCUGGCGCCCCCUAGAUGGAAGGUACUGCGCGUCGAAAGUCAUCGACGGGUACGCCAGCACCAAAGAAAAAUACAGAUUGGCUCGUUGGUCGACGAAUCAAGAUCAAGACAGCAUCCAAUGAAGAGAUCCAAGGACGCAUCUAUACCUACGAUCGCAUGACAAACAGCAUUGCGCUUGAGUGCUCGCCCGAUAAUACACAACAUCAAAGCCGGAAAGGUCUUCCGUUCCGUAUCAUUAAAAUCUCGCAUAUCAAAGAAGUCUUGGCGAACGACGAAGGCAACAGCAGUGGAGGCGGCGAUGGAGGGAACUACUUACCUAUCAGUUAUGUACAUGUGGAACGGUUGGAUGCACGCGAAUCGAGCGGUGUCAAGCAUAUGCGACAACGGGUUGCAAAGAUGGGUGUUGGCGUGACAAAGGAGGCACAAGACAUUUUUGAUGCAUUAAGCAAAACAUUGCCAUGCCGUUGGUCGAACGAUAUCAUUGUGGUCCUGGAUGAAGUCCUGAUUCAGCCUCCGUAUGGUAUCGAAAAUUGUAAAGCAAAUGCGUCUUCUGCAGCAUCUUUGGCUCGUGUAAAGAAAGUGUUGGAAGGUGAAAGGAGAAGGCUGGAGCGAUCAUCAUCAAAGAAGUAAAAUAAAAAUUUCCUUUUUAAGCAACUCAUCCCAACAAGCCACGGUGCAACUUCCGCUUCCCCCUCCUUUCUGUCU